UUCUCCCAGCGUCUUGCCUGGAUUUUUUCCCCCCGCCGAGCAGUAGAUAAGGGUGGGGCCGCUUCCCUGCAGCAGAGACGGCAGCGGCAGUGGCUGCAGCAUCAUUGGGAGCAGCGGCUGUAGCAAUGCUCGGUCUCCGCUGGAGGUGAUCGCCUCCGAGCCCUGCUAGGUGGCUGGCUGCGACGGGACGCCUCGGAGAGGAAGAAUAGAGCCUCGUCCGUGGCCCCUGAGGCCACCCUGCUCGGCCCUUCCUCUACGCCAUGGCUUAAGCCCGCAGCCACCUCGCCUCGCGUCGCCUCGCUUGGCCGGGGUCUGCGCGCCGCCGCCGCAGCAGGGAGGGGCGCGACCCAGACGCCCUCGCCCGGGGACUCCGGGACGCCGUGUGGCUCACCCAUCGGUGCCCGCAGCAGACUGCGCUCCCAAGACCUUUGCAGGCGGCUCCCGGAGGCGUUUGCAGCCGGUAAUCCGGGGACUUUACGGACUUUAUCUCAGCGAUAGCUUGACCUUCCUGGGUGCUCCCUGAGAGAGGAGAGCGAGGUAGCUCAGGCCACCAAGGGAAAAACAGGGAACCAGUUUGGUCCAGGGCCGAGGGACUGAAGUAAGAUUAGAGACUUGCUUUAGAAUCACAAAAAGGAAGGCAGGCCAGCUUUGCAGCUAGCAUCAUGGCGUGGCCGUGCAUCACGCGGGCCUGCUGCAUCGCCCGCUUCUGGAACCAGCUGGACAAGGCUGACAUCGCCGUGCCGCUGGUUUUCACCAAGUACUCGGAGGCCACCGAGGCCCCGAGCGCCCCGCCGCAGCCGCAGCCCGGCUCCACCUCCAGCGCAGGCCCCGCGGACUCGGUGAUGCGUCAGGACUACCGCGCCUGGAAGGUGCAGCGGCCCGAGCCGAGCUGCCGGCCGCGCAGCGAGUACCAGCCUUCCGACGCGCCCUUCGAGCGCGAGACCCAGUACCAGAAGGACUUCCGCGCCUGGCCGCUGCCGCGCCGCGGGGACCACCCGUGGAUCCCCAAGCCCGUGCAGAUCUCCGCGUCCUCCCAGACUUCGGGGCCGAUUCUCGGGGCGUCCAAGCGCGGGCCGCAGAGCCAGGAGCGCUGGCCGGCGCAGGCCGCCGCGGAGGCCGCGGAGCAGGAGGCGACCCCUGGCGGAGCGGGUGGCCCCGCAGCCGGAAAGCCCUCCGGUGCGGACGAGCGCGACACACGCAAGAAGCCCGGGCCCGCCUGGAUGCUGCGUCGCGCCGAGGGACAGGCGCCGGAGCAGAUGCCGCUGCCCGCAGCGCAGGCCCCGGUCCAGGCCGCGGGCCCCGAGGCUGGCAAGGGGCGUGCAGCGGCGGACGCCCUCAACAGGCAAAUCCGCGAGGAGGUGGCGAGCGCGGCGGGCAGCUCCUACAGAAAUGAAUUCAGAGCGUGGACGGACAUCAAGCCUGUGAAACCGAUAAAAGCCAGGCCCCAGUACAAGCCCCCAGAUGAUAAGAUGGCUCAUGAGACCAGCUACAGUGCCCAGUUCAAAGGGGAGGCCAACAAGCCAACACCCGCGGACAAUAAGGUCAUUGAUCGCAGAAGAAUACGCAGCCUCUACAGCGAACCUUUCAAGGAAUCCCCAAAGGUGGAAAAACCUAGCGUUCAGAGUUCCAAACCAAAAAAGACCUCAGCGAGCCAUAAGCCCCCGAGGAAGGCCAAAGACAAGCAGGUGGCGUCGGGCCAGGCCUCCAAGAAAAAGAGCGCAGAGGGCCCUAGUGCCACCCAACCCGAAGACAAGGAGCAAAGUAAAGAGAUGAACAAUAAACUGGCUGAGGCUAAAGAGAGCCAGGUUGAACUCGCCAGUGAUUCACGUAAGAAUCGAGGUCCUAUAGCCACAGAACCAGACAAGGAUCAAAGUCCCGUGGGCCCAGGGCCUCUGAAAGAUCAAGGUCCUGUGAUCCAAGAGCGUCCAAAGGAUCAAGGCCCCAUGGCUCCAGAGCCUCUGAAGGGUCUAGCUCCUGAGGUCUCAGGGCCUCUGAAGGAUCCAGGUCCCAUGGUCCCCAUACCAGUUAAGGAUCAAGAUCACGUGGCCCCUGAGCCUUUAAAGAACGAAGGUUCUGUGAUCUCAGCACCAGUAAAGGACCAAGGUUCCUUGGUCCCCGUGCCUCCAAAGAAUCAAAGUCCUAUGGUUCCAGCAACAGUUAAGGAUCAAGGUUUCAUGGUACCAGAGCCUUCGAAGGAGCAAGGUCCCAUGGUCCUGGCACCUGUCAAGGAUCAAAGCCCCGUGGUCCCUGAGCCUGUGGACAAAGGUCCCAUGGUCCCGGCACCUGUCAAGGAUCAAAGCCCCGUGGUCCCUGAGCCUGUGGACAAAGGUCCCAUGGUCCCGGCACCUGUCAAGGAUCAAGGUCCUGUGGUUUCAGAGCUUCUGAAGGAUCAAAGCGCUGCAGUCAUAGCACCUGUAAAGAAGGAAGGUCCUGUGUUCUUUGAGCCUGUAAAGAGUCAAGGUUUAGUGGUUCCGGAGCCAGUCAAGGAUCAAGGUGGAGCGGUCCCAGAACUUCUGGAAGAUCACGAUUCUGUGGUUGCAGCACAUGUAAAGAAUCAAGGUCCUGUGGUCCCGGCACUAUUCAAGGAUCAAGGCCCCGUGGUCCCAGAGCCUCCAAAGAAUCAAGAUCCUGUGGUCCCUGAGCCUGUGAAGAAUCAAGUUCCUAUAAUUUCGGUGCCUCUGAAAGAUCAAGACCUCCUGGUGUCACCACCAGCAAAAGACCAAGGUCCUGUUGUCCCCGAGCCUCUGAAGACUCAAGGUCCCAGGGGCCCCCAGCUUCCCACUGUCUCACCUCUACCCCCAGUCAUGAUCCCAACUGUCCCCCAUGCGGAAUAUAUUGAGAGUUCCCCGUGACACUCACCCCUUGACAUGCCAAGGAAGGAGCUGACCGUGGAAGUGCUCCCUCCCAGGGGUGGUGAAGACACAUAUUUAAUCUGCAUGAAACACGUACUGUAUAACCUUGCUGGAAUCUAAUAAAACUGGUCCCUCUGGCUCA